AAAAUAAUUUAAUUUCAUGGGCAGGGAUAUCUUCUUUUAUGCUCCCAAGGUUUUGGACACUUGCAGGGAUUCAAAGGCAACUUCUGCCAGCACCCUGAGCACCCUCACAGAGAAGAAUUUAUUCCUAAUAUCCCCAAUCCAGCGUUGUUUCAAUUUAAAUAUCCCAGGAAUAAUGGAAUUGAGGAUUAAACACAUUUUUUUUCAGUGCUUUUUCUAUUAUCCUUGGCUCAGCCACGUAGGAAUUCUGUGUUUCUGGAACAGCUGAUUUCAGGCUGGGUAAUAAAACACCUUUUAUUGAUUUUUUUUUUUUUAUUGCUCUCGCCGUGGGGACAUGAAUAAUUCAUUAAUUCCCUCGGUGUUGUUUCUUGUGUAAUGCCAGGUGUGUAAAUAUUUGCAUGAGUGAGCUGUAAUUAGUGACAUCUCCGUGUUAAGUGAGGCUGAUAAUAAGGAAAAAUGCUCUUUUCUGCUAAUUACACCUCGGCUGUAAUUGUUUACAUCUGUUUAUAACAUCAUUAUCAUCAUGCAAAACUUAAUUUCAGUAGUGAUUUUACAUAAUAAAGAAAAGAAGAUUUGAGUGGAAUCAGAUUUUUGUUGUGUUACAGGAACCUUUUAAAGCUGUUUUAGAACGAGACAGCUCCAGGCUUGAAGUGUAAAUAAUUGAUUUAAGUCAUAAAUUAAACGUGUUUUUAAGCGUUUGAGUUUUGUAAUUUGGUAGAAAUUAUUUUAUAUUUAGACAGAGGUGCUGGAUGAGAAUGCUUCUACUGCCUUAGGUCCUGAUACUUUAAAUACAAUUUUGAUAUUGAACAUCCAAAUAACACCACUUGUUCUCUUCUUUUCACUUCUGCAAGUGCCUCUUUUGAUGUAAAGUGGCAUCAAUUUUUAUAGAAUCAAAGCUCCAGCGCUUGAGCAAAAUCCCUUUCUGUUAUUUCCUCAAAAGAAUUGCUAUUCUUCACCUGGAAAAUGGAAUUUUUACAAAAAGCACCCACACUGUGGCAGGUGCUCUGUAACAGAGCAAGAUUGGUCACCUACCUCCCAGGCUUUUAUUCUUUAGUUAAAAGAGUUGGAACUGCCAAAGCUUUUUCCACUGCAGGAUCCUCUGGCUCAGAUGAGCCUCACGUGGCUGCUGCACCUCCUGAUUUAUGUCCCAGGACAGUGUGGCCAGAUGAGGUGAUGGGACCUUUUGGUCCCCAGGAUCAGAGAUUUCAGCUUCCUGGGAACAUUGGCUUCGACUGCCACCUCCAUGGCACAGCUUCCCAGAAAAAAUCCCAAACUUCCCAAAGCCUCCCUGAUAUCCUAGCAGAGCCUUCAGCCAGUGAGAGGCACGAAUUUGUCAUGGCACAAUACAUCAAUGAAUUCCAGGGUUCUGAUGGUGCCCAAAGGAAGCAGCAAAUCAAUAAUGCAGAAACCUACUUUGAAAAUGCCAAGGUGGAAUGUGCAGUGCAAUCCUGUCCUGAGCUGCUGAGAAAAGACUUGCAGUCCCUGUUCCCAGAGGUGAGUUGCAGGUACCUGACCGUGCUCACUGUCACCCAGAAAAGCAGGAAUGACAUGAGUGUGUGGAGCCAGGAGGUGCAGGAUGAGAGGGAGCUGCUCCUGGAGAAUUUCAUCAGUGGUGCCAAGGAAAUCUGCUGUGCAAUUUCUUCUGAGGGUUACUGGGCUGAUUUCAUUGACCCAUCCUCAGGACUGGCAUUUUUUGGGCCUUACACCAACACCCCCCUGCUGGAGACAGACGAGCGUUACCGGCUUUUGGGGUUUUCCGUGGAUGACCUGGGGUGCUGCAAAGUGAUCAGGCACAACCUUUGGGGUACCCACGUGGUGGUGGGGAGCAUUUUCACCAACGCUGAGCCCGACAGCCCCAUCAUGAGGAAACUCAGUGGGAACUGAGCCCUGCGAUCCCUCAGGCUCUCCUGAGCUCUCAUUUGGAUGAUUCUCCCUCGGCACCGUCGGGAAUUCCUCACUUCCAGGUGUUCUUAGAGAAUAAAAGUAGCUGUUAUUUA